GCCUGGCACUUGACCCAGAACUGCACUUUAACCGUGUGUGACUGAGAACUUGACUGCGGUGCUUCACACGAAGAGGAAGAAAGAAGAGGCAGUGGAUAUGAUGACAGUGCAUACGAUGGCACCGCGCUAAAUGUCAUAUCUACUUGCAUCUUAGACGAUGUCUUCCGCUGGUGCCCAGCGUCUCCAAGGCGCGUCCUCCCGGGGGGGCGGACGACAGCCGAGACGGAUCCGUGUCUAUGACUGCCGCUCCGGAGAUAAACCGAGUUCCUCCGGGCCCCUGCUCGAAACAAGUGGCUUGGACUUCAAUCACUUUCUUCAAAUCCUGCACGAGGCAAUGAUUCCUAACUUUACUUUGGGUCUGGGCUCAGUUUUCAUGAAAUUUGCAAUCCAUUCACAUGAAACAUUUGUGCUGGUCACAACUGAUAGAAAACCCCUGGAUCUGGACAGAUUUGCGGAGCUUCAGAAUGGCAGUACCCUCUACUUGCUGCGACGGAAGGACCAAGCUCUGCAAUUGGCAAUGGAAGAGCACAUUACAUUUACACCACAUUAUGAUACAUUGAUCCGGAGUGGCCUUCAUGAGUACUAUGCCAGUGAGGGCCAGAAGCCAUUACCCUAUGCACUUGCUGAGCUGAUCGACAAUGCUCUGUGGGCCACAGCUAAAAACACAGGAACGAGAACAAUAGAGUUACGAAUGCUUUUUGAUGAAAGUCUUGGGAAACCUGCCAUCGUUGUCUUAGAUAACGGCUGCGGGAUGACCUUGAAGCAGCUUAAUAACUGGGCAGUGUUCAGACACUCUAAAUUUACCAGGGCAAACAGCACAUGUGAAAGUCAGAAAGAUGGGUAUGUUCGGCCUGAUCCUGUCCCUCGUAGUCUCAACAGUGACAUAUCCUACUUUGGAGUUGGAGGAAAACAGGCUGUUUUCUACAUCGGAGACUCAACAAGGAUGAUCAGCAAACCAGUAGGCUCCCCAGAUGUUCAUGAACUGGUUUUGUCAAAAGAGGAUUUUGAGAGAAAAGAAAGAAACAAAGAGGAUAUUUACAGUGGGGUCAUCAGAAACAGGAAGCCCGGUGACUCUUCACAUGUGAAUAAAGACAAUGAGCGCUUCCUCCAUGCUUUAAUCGCUGAGGAAUCUGGGAAGGAAAGCUUCACCGCUGUGGUCAUUACAGGAAUUGGACCUCAGCAUAUAACCUUUUUGAAACAAGAUUUCGAAAUGUGGACCAGAGAGCUAGCUCACACAUAUCACUAUUACAUCCAUGGACUCAAUGGAAAUGACAUGAAAAGCAGCUUUUCAAACUCUGAUCAACUCCCUAAAAUUGACAUUCAGGUCACCUUGCUGGAAAAGCAUCCCAGAUCUCCCCGUGUGAUGAAUCUAAGGGAAGUUGAUAAUGAUAUGCAGACUCUGUACAUAAAUGCUGCUGCAGACAAGUUUGAGUUCAAGGCCACCACUGGACUAGACACUGGCACAGUGGAGGGAGUCAUUCGUUAUCACCCCUUCCUUUAUGACAAGGAGACCUACCCUGAAGACCCGUACGCUGUGCAAGAACCUUGCAAUGAAGAUGAUGACUCGGAUGAGUCUGGGAUCCGGCAUCAGGCAAGAGGAAAGAGGCCAAUCUUUGAGUGUUUCUGGAAUGGACGACUCAUACCCUACACCACAGUAUCUGAGUUUGAUUGGUGUGCCUGGCCUGGUACAACAUCAAAAAUCCCUGAAGAGUGUUACAGUCGUUUUUCAGGAGUGCUUUUCACUGAUGACAAAUUUCAGGUCAGCACGAACAAGCUCACCUUCAUGGAUUUGGAGCAGAGAGUGAGGAGCAAGGAAACUAUCUUCACACGUGUUGUUAAUGGAAAGGAACAAAGAAUUACCCACAAGAACAUGUUCUUCAGCUGGCUAAAAAACUGUCACGAGAAGUUGGACAAGCAAGUUAAAUUCCUUGGCUUCAAGGAGAUCGUAAAACGAGAUGAUGUGACCAGUAAGAAAAUGCAGCAUCCCUGGGCGACGUUCUCCUCCAUCGAAUGGGACGGCAAUAUAUACAAAACAGGCCAACUUGUGAAGUCUCAGAAAACAAUUCCGAUUCUGCAUGGUACCGUGGUCCAGUUUCUGCUAUAUGGAGAUCAUGACAAAGAUGUCUUUGCCACAGGAGGCCAGGUUGAAGUUUGUCUGGAACCCAAAGCGCUCUACAACAAGAACAAGAUCAUACCCAUUUCUAAGAUCAACAGGAUUGUCAAGGAAGAAGCCAUCAAGAUAAACAUUGAACGUGACCUCAACAAGCUUCCGCAUAAGCUAAAAGUGGACUGGCCAGAUGGUAACCCAUGGCCAGAGAAUGGUGUUCGUCCGGCUGGGACUCCGUUAGGGGCACUCAAAGUCGAAAUUUUGACUAAGAAUGGAGUUUCAAUAUGGACGAUUCCCACAUUGGUCCAUGCGACAGUGAACAAACUGAGUGUCAAGCUCUCAAUAAAAAAAACCGGUCUUGGGAAUGAUGAAGAGGUUGUCAGUUUUGUUGCCCAGCAUACAACAAAGUGGCAUUUCUUUUUCAGAAAAAUGGAGACUCUGACUGACCCAGGGAGUUAUACACUGCUUCUGGAGACCAUGAUAACUGAAAGUGGUGCCACCACCUUUGGAGACGAAAAUCUCCCAAGCUACGAACUCAAGUUCACCAUCACAGCGGGCAGUGCUGAGGGCUUUGAAAUGGAUGGAGUGAGCUCCACUCUUCACGUCGGGGUGCCAUUUGAUAUUCCUCUUCAUCUAAAAGAUUGUUAUGGAAACGCAAUACUGUCUGUUCCCAGUCUCCUACCUGUCCUCAAAUGCAGUGACCUCGAUCUGAGUUAUGAGACAGUGGACAGCAGUGGGAGCAAGUUCAUCAUCAAAGGUGUCAAAGCAAGAGGAAAAGUCCUGAAUUACCAACAGUCCAAGACAUAUGACCUGAAAGUGACCCUGCCUGGCCUGAAAAAAGACACACAGACUUUCAAAGUCAGUGUUCUCCCUGGUAAUCCACAUUCAAUCCAUGUGAUGACAGAAGAAAACCCAAUCACAGUAGAGAAUGGAACCCCUGUCAGGUUAAAUGUUGAGAUUCAUGAUGAGGUUGGAAACGUCACCGCACACCCCAGGCAAAUAGUCCACUGCCAGGUUCAGGGUCUUCCGCCUGUAAAGAUCGACUGCAGCAGCACAGGAGCAGGACAGCUUGUGACAAAGCCCAUAAACCUGAACAUAAUUGGGGGAGAACCACAAAAGCUAAAGGUUCAAUUUAGUCAGAAGUGUAUGGCGUUGGUUGUGAGGGAGCUGAAGGUGAUACCCAGCACAAGAGUCUCGCUGAUAAAGCUCUUUAGUCGAGAUGAUGAGAAUCUAGUACUGAGGAACAAUGAAAAGAUAGAAUGGCUGGCUGGAGGCACACUGGGGAAGCUGUUCUACAAGCUGUAUGACGAGGCUGGCAGAGCAGUACCUCUCACUGAUGAAAUAGCUUCUAUGAUCAAGGUUAACUGGACGAGUCCUGUUAAUCUGAAAGAUUUGCUGCAGGGGAAGCUGCCUGAUAUACAGGUGCCCACACAGGUGCUGGAGGAUCGCUUCUACCAGGUGUCCUACCAAGACCAGAGUGUGUCUGUCUCCUUCACUAUAAAACCUCGUCCAGAUGAACCAGCACGGCUAAAAGCAACUCUUCUCCAAAACACAGUGAACCUGGGUAAAACCUUAUCUGGAACCAUCAGUGAGUAUGACCCCGACCACACAAAAGUUUUUUUCAUAUAUGGUUUAAUCCAAGACAAUGCACAGCUUUUUCCUUAUUCAGACUUAGAGCUUGUGGACCAGCAUGACAAUGCAACCAAGACGCUAACCUCCAACUGUGUGAACCACAUGACUGUGAAAGCCGAGGGUCUGGACAAAUCAGCCGUCUCCUUUAUAUGGCAGGAGAGCAAUAGGUCUGUGGAGGUGACAGGAAUACGUUUCCUGCGUGGGAGUCCUGGCAUCAGAGAGCUGCUCUUCACUUGCUUCAGCUAUAUGACCGCUGUCAUAGUCAAAGUGACUGCUGGACACCCUGCACAGCUUAAACUAGUCAGUGGGCCUAAGCAGCCUCUGCAGGUAAAGAAUGACCACAGCAUCCCCACACCCUUCAUCGUACAACUCUCUGACAAGUGGGGAAACCCUUCUCCUGACAAGCGGGUUGUGGUGGAACUAACGUCUUCACCACCAGCACUGAAGGUGAUGACAGCUGUUAUUUCACAACCAGUGGAUUCAGAAGGGAAAGCCUCUUUCAGUGUUAACAGUGUGUGCGGUCCAAAGGGGUACUAUCAGCUCAACUUUAACGGUUCCUUCAACAACGAACCCAUCCCUGGUCCAUCAGUUAGUCUCGCUGUCUUACCUGAUCCCAACAAACCUGUCAGUCUGUCAGUGGAGUAUGACUCAGCUGCCAGGUUUCCUGCUGGAGGCACCUGCCCAGUGUUCUCAGUGACUGUGGUGUCUGAUGAAGGCAGCCCCAUGACAACCUUUAACCCAGCUGCUGUGUCCAUGUUGCUGUGGGAGGGAGUGCCAUCACAAAACAGACCUCCACCAACAGCCACUGAGCUGAGGUGUAGUAAGCCCAUGGAGAAUGAAAGGAGAGACUGUUUUCACUUUACAAAUAAACAGAUCCCAGAACGUGCUGGAAAAUACACCAUCCAGUUUUCUCUGCACAUUGACGAAACAAGAUCCCUACUCAGUAAUCAGAUUACUAUAAAUGUGGUGGCCAAUCAGCCCGUCAAACUGGGACCCGACUCCCAGCCACCAGCUCCAGUCGUUUCCUGCUGUAUGGACAUUGCCCACCGAACCUUGGUGAAAAACAUGACUCUGACGAUAAUGGACUCCUAUGGAAACCCAGCAGGGCAGGACCUGGGUGGGAAGGUGGUCGCUUCUAUUCGGAGCUCUAGUGGUGACAGCAACAAACCCAUCCCUCUGUUCGAUGGCAAUAUCAAAAGAUAUCCUAUUAACUUGGUGCAGGGAAAGGCCCACAUCGCCAGCUUGUCUAUCAAGGAGAACAGCCCUGGAGAGGAUGGUAGUGCAUACACCCUCCUCUUUGACGCAGAAGUGCCCAUGGUUCCCACGCCCUUGGCUCCUUUUGAGCUCACCUUCCAUUUUUACAAUGAUGCACUGAACCAGCAGAAAAUGUCUGAGUUGUUAGAGAAGAAAACGGAGCUCAGUGCUGCUCUUGCUGCACAUAAAGGCCUCUUCAGUGGUUACAGUGAAUUCCUUGAAAUGCUGACAGUUCAAUACCUGUCUGCAAGUGACAAAGUGGCUGAGCUCAGAGGUUUUCUGGUCAGAAGCAACGUGAAUGUAGCAGAACCCAUUUCCAUUCCCGAUAUCGACAGACUCCUUAAAGAGAAUACCACAGAAGCCGAUAGGAUUCUAAGAGAUCCCAGAAGAGUGUGCUCCAUCCGUGACAACUUCAGGGGGCAGCAGGAUGUUUUGGGAAUGGUUGGUCACUUGGCAUAUGUGCAGGAUGAUGCUGCUGCCAGAGUCAUCUCCUGGCACAUCAGGGGGGACAUGGAUUGUGUCAUCACCAGAACAACAGAGGCGGCACGGAGGAUAUAUGACAACACUCAGGGAAGGCAGCAGGUCAUGGCCCUCGACAGCAUGUAUGUGCCACCAUUGAACAGAGGGUUGCCACAAAUGAGAAAUGGCCGCAUGCUCUUCGAGCCCCCAGGGAACCCAGUCUUAGCCAGAGAACUCCUGAUGUCCCCCCAAGAGGGGGAGAGUUGUGACAUUGUGUUUCAAAACAUCCUCAAAGAGACGAUUCUGAUCGAUGACCUGGACUCUGCAAACAACUACAGGAGAGAGGUGGUGCAGAACAAGAUGCCAUGUCCCACCAUACUGACGAGGAAUGGGGAAAGGGUCAGUGCGAUUGGCAAGUUUGGAGGUGCACAGAACAAAGCCCCACCGAUUGACACAUUAACAGUGUUUGGAGCCCCCCUCCCACAGCAUUACCAUAGUCUUAUUGCACAAGCAGAGCUGCUCUGUCAGUGUCGGACAGCUGUAGAAAAGAGAGACAGGGCACAAAAGGAUCGUGACGACCACUUACUAACCAUGAAUUCUCUUCAAACGAGGGAGAAGCAACAAGAUAUGGAGAAGAAAGAGAAGCGGCUGGAGGAGAUUGAAAGACAACUUAUGAUGAAACCCAUGAGACCAGUGAAACGGGGUGCGGAGGGUGCUGGUGAGCCUCUCGGCAUCAUUACAAAAAGGGCAAAAUAAAGAUCAACAUAACAGAUGGAGUAGUACAACCUUGAGCCAAGCCUCUUUUGUAAUUUUUUUGUUCUUGGCAUUACUAUUAUUUUCUUUUUCAUUUUGGGGUUUGGGUCAUUAAAUUGUUAUUUUUUCAUUGUACAAAUGUGUUUUCACAUGUUUUUGAACAAAACAGCUCACGACAAAUGAUGAAAAGAAGUAUAAUACUGAAAAAUGUCUGGACUGUUUUUAUAUUAAAUUAUUUACUAAGAUA